ACGCGACUUGUUGUCUUACAUCAGAGAAACCUUUUGUCAUGUUUCUAUAAUUGAUCAUUAGUACGGCUCUCUCUCUACUCCUUUUCUUUUUACUCUCACUCACCAACCCUCAUCUCGGAGAUCCACCAACCAACACCAACACCACCAUGGACAAAUUCCCGCAAGAGCUCAUCGACCUCAUCAUCGAACAACUCGCCGACGACCCCAGAGCCCUGGGAACCUGCCUUUCCCUCUCGCGCACCUUCCGCCCGCACGCGCAAGCCCUCCUCUUCCGUACCACGCGCAUAUCCUCUGACCUCGCCUUUCUCAAAUUCACCGACGUAUGCCACAGCUCGCCCGCCGUCCAAUACCUCGUCCGCUCCCUUCACUUUGUGUACUCCAUCGACCUCCUGGCGAGGAGUGGCAGCGUCGCCGCGCGCCAGCUCCGCAUCCUCUUCCUCCCCAACGUCGACACGCUCCACAUCGACGGCGGCGGCAACUUCUGGGACGACAGCCUCGUCGGGUCCAUGACAUCCGUGAUCACCUCGUUGACCCUCGAGGGCGUCGAGUUUUCCUCCGCGGACAGUUUCCGCAGGUGCAUCCGCUCUUUCCCCCAGCUCAAGUCACUCAACCUGACCGGUGUGUCCUCCCCUCCGAGUCCGAGAGGGAGCGUCGUCGAUGGCUCUUUCCUCUGGCGUGCGAACGACAUGAAUAUCCCAUUGUACGCGCUGCGCAGCCUUCGCCUCCACAUCCCAUUACGCGACGUAUCCGAAAUACAAAGCAUCCUCAACGGCGUUCGUCACACACUCUCUCAACUGUCUGUAUCUCCCAUGCUUCCCAAUGACAAAACUCCAAAACUCUUCACAAACGCCCAAGUCCUCGAUUUCUCCCGUAUCCCAGUCGUCGACUACGUCAUGUCCUACAUCCGCCACGAGGCGACCUUCCUCCUCGAGGGCCUGGAGUUCCUCGAGCUCUGCGUAAAGAAAGGCACCGGUCCAGCCUCCCUCCAGCACCUCACCGUCAUAGUCCCUCCACUCCCCAAUCAAAAGGAGCUCGAACAGCUGAGCGGAAACGACAUAUGGGCACUCUUGGAUACCGCGCUCUCUGCAUCCCGGUUCGCCUCUCUUAAAGUCCUCAGAGUCUCCAUCGGAUCGGAAGGUGAAAAUAUGGUCGUCCGCAGGAAUAUCGUAGAGCGGAUGCCCGUCCUUCAUGAGGAGGGUCGACUCUUGAUUGAAGCACAUUGAUUUCACUAUGUGUUCGAGUCCUCUGCCACUGACAUGGUUCACUGACUAGAACUCUCUGAUUGAGGCGCAUUGAUUCGCUAUAUGUUUAGACUUGUCUAUCCUUGUAUCAUAGAUGGUAAACUAUCAACGAGUGCGACUGCGUCUCCCACAUCCUCAUCCGUGUCCUCGAACGUCCGAACCUAAGUGAUAAAGCAGAUCUUUUUGGCUCGAGAACUGGUACUUGUUGAUGCCUUCCUGUCGAAAUCGCGUCGGAACUAGGACUCGCCAUCGCCAUCGCACAUGUACAUGAUUUCGGGAGAGAAAGCCGCGAAACUCAGCCAGGGCGGCGUGGUGAUAUGGCGGGACGGACACGACAAAUUAGAUGGCAUAGUCUGCUUUUGUUCAAGUCAUGGCGCCGCACCCCUCGUCCCCGUCAC